AUGCGGUUCUUCAACUUCAUCAUUCCAUUCCUCGCCACGGCUGUGACCGCAAACCCGGUUCCCCGGGAUGUCAACAGCAUCAAUGCAGCUCUGGACACUAUAUCCAAGCAGUUGGUGACGAUGAACACCACGCUCAACGGCUUCAACGGAGGCCUUCAGGGCACACUUACCGCACUGAAGAUCCAAGGCCAGGCGACGGAUCUCCAAAAGGCAAUCCAGGCUGCUACCACUGCCGCCAAGAGCUCAGGCCCGCUUAACGACCAGGAUUCUGCAACUGUCGCCUUUGGAAUUACAUCGCUUACUGGCAAAAUUUACGAUGUCCUUGACAACAUUGUUGCGAAGAAGCCGGCCUUUGACAAGGCCAUUCUUGGGGUUGGAUCUGCCUCGUUUCUGGUCAAGUCGGACUUGAAGGGUUUGAAGGACGCUACGGAUACGUUUGGUGCUGCGUUGACUGAUAAAUUCGUCAAGGCGGUAAAGGACGUGUCGCCUCUUGUUAUAUCGGCUAUUGACUUUCAUUUUGAACAGGCGCAGAAAGUGUAUGCUUGA